AUGCUGCGUGGUUCGGCCGCAGCAGCGCUAACGUGUCGGUGGCAUGUUGGUACAGCGCUGCCGGAGCCAGCGGGCGGCUGCUCCUGCUGCCUGGCGGCGGCGCUGCCGCUGCUGCUGCUGCUGCUGCCCGCCGGGUGUCCGGUGCGGGCGCAGAACGACACGGAGCCCAUCGUCCUGGAGGGGAAGUGCCUGGUGGUCUGCGACUCCAGCCCCUCGGCCGACGGCGCCAUCACCUCCUCUCUGGGGAUCUCGGUGCGCUCGGGCAGCGCCAAGGUGGCCUUCUCGGCCACCCGCAGCACCAACCACGAGCCCUCCGAGAUGAGCAACCGCACCAUGACCAUCUACUUCGACCAGGUAUUAGUUAAUAUUGGCAACCAUUUUGAUCUUGCUUCCAGUAUAUUUGUAGCACCAAGAAAAGGGAUAUAUAGUUUCAGUUUCCACGUGGUCAAGGUCUAUAACAGACAAACCAUCCAGGUAAGUUUAAUGCAAAACGGCUACCCAGUGAUUUCAGCUUUUGCAGGGGAUCAGGACGUCACCAGAGAAGCAGCCAGCAAUGGGGUCUUGCUCCUCAUGGAAAGAGAAGACAAAGUGCAUCUCAAACUGGAAAGGGGAAACCUCAUGGGAGGGUGGAAAUAUUCAACCUUUUCUGGCUUUUUAGUCUUUCCACUAUAAAAGAAGGCCAAAUAGGAGACAGAACCAUGAGCUGGAGCAAGGAUUCAGUCGUUAAUGACACCCUGAACUUGGCAGCACAUGACGAUAUUUUCAGUCACCCCGUCAGACUGUCACAGUAGAAGAAUGAUAACCUUCUAAACUCCAACAUUUGCUUUGAAUAUUGACAAUUCCUUGGGAACCUGCGCCUCUAAUUAGUUUUAGACAACAGUGAUCUUUAGGAGAAAUGAAAUUAUCGACCUGAGCAAUUUGUACCUGUGAUUGUAAAGUCAAUUUUGGAUUUUAUUGUUGGGAUCAUUGACUUUCUUAUUCUUUUUCAUUUUUUCCCUCUCUUUCAUUUUUUCCUGUUUUUCUUGUUGUCCCAAUGAGACAAAUAACUUGGACCACAGAAUCACUUUGGCAAAGGCUUGCUCCAGAGCCAGAAGAAUGGAGUGUUCAGCCCAAUGAGAUGUUCUUUCCAUUCUUUAUUUCUUUGUGUUGUAUAGCCUUAAGAAAAAAAAAAAAAAAGAAAAAAGAAAAAAGGGGAAAAAAAAGAACGGCUUCAGUCUCAGUCCUGUAUUUUUCUGGGGGAGGGGGAUUCUGGACAUUACUGUGUCAAGAAGUGCUUUAUCCAGUGAAGCAAAAUUUGCACGAUUGGAACCUUAUUUGUGUUGUUCGUGUUUUUCAUCAACUUUUUAUUUUUUCUGUUUUUUGUUUCUGUGUGCUAAAAAUGUAAGCUAGAUUGAUCAAUAAGACAAAAGAAAGCACAUAUAUACCCUGUAGCUCUAAGUAAAGCUAACCAGUGAACAAUUCUAUCUGCACUUUCCAGCUGAUCUUUAUAGACCUAUUUAGAGAGAGAGAAAGAGAGAGAAAGAGCAAAAGAGCUACAUGAUCCUUCAAUUCAAUCUGGAAACUGGUAAAGGAACAGACAUUUCUGAAUUGUCCUGACAUUUCUAGAAGCAACAAUGGAGGCUUUGAAUAUCUUCUCUGACCAUACCCAAAAAUAUAUCCUUUCUUUGCAUUAUCAAGCAUAUUUUGGGUGCUUUUAUCUGGUAUUUAUUUGAUGUAUUUGUCCACUAAUGCUUGAGUGCACAUUGUAGGAGCAUAGAGAGAUGUCAGAGCAAACUCUUCCAAAUCAAAUAAAACCGUCUCCAUUUGAGCUGUCCAUGGCAAGUAUCGGAGGAGUUGACACUAGCAUCUUUAACAGCCUUGGGGAGAGGGGCCUCAGAGGAUCCACAGAUGCUCCAGAAAUUGAAUGAGUGCCAUGCAUUUAUUAGCUGUGUGUGCUCUUCCCAAAACAAAUGGCAUCAAAGUUGUGGGGGUGGACUGACAUCAAUAUUGAAGGUUGGUAAAAGUUAUUAUCCAAAUCAACAAGAAGUAAAAUAUCAGACCAACGUCAGUUGUAUCCUGUUGCCUCAUUCUCAAUAAACAGAUCUUGUUUCUUCAGUUUUUUAAGGGGUUUUAUUUUGGGGGGGGCAGGUUGGUGGUUUUUUUUGUUUGUUUGUUUGAGGAGUGUUUUUUUUGUUUGCUUGUUUGGCUGGGUUUUUCUGCAUUUUUUUAUGAAGGUUGGUGUAUUAGUGUGCUGAGGAAAAUCUUGUUUGAGGAGAUCCAGAACGACUGUUUAUUUUAUAGAAUUUAAAUCUUAAUUUAUUUAAUUUAAAAUAUUUAAUUUGCUAUUAAUCCCCAAAGAGUGGAUGUGUAUAAGAAUUUAUUUUUGUCAAAUUUACUCCUCUGCCACGAACAAAUAUAAUGCAAAGGCAUUUGCAGGAAAUCGGUGGUAUCUACAUUGUAUUUCAAAAUUAUGGUAGACAUGUCAUUUUCACUGUAAAUUUAUCAUUAAAGGGACAAAACCAAUUAAAGUCAUAUAUUCUUUAAAAAAACCUAUCUGUGUUGCUUAUAUACCUCAGAUGACUAAAGCAUUAACCAAUUUAAUAUUUGAUAUUUUUGUGUAUUUUCACCACUGAUGCUGUUUGUUUGCUUUCCUGUUUCACUUUGCCAGUUACUGAAUGAAUUGGUUUCAGGUUUUGUUUUCAAUGGUUUGCAUUUUCUAGUUAUCCCUUGUGUGUGACUGCAGUGUUUCUAGUUGCAAAAUAUCGCAGGACUAUGUUUAAGUACAUGAAAUAAAACCUGGGUCAGCAGCAACCUUUUUCUAUUGAAAUUAAAAAAUACAAUAAAUACAGUUGUCUUAAUGGUA